GCCGGGACCCGGAAGUGGAGGAUGGCUGAGGUGUCGGGAUGCGCCUGGCAACCGGCGACCGGCCCGGCGAGACCGCAGAGGAGGCGAGGGAAGUGAGGAGCGGGCCGGGGAAAGGCGCUUGCGACCCUGCCCGCCUUUCGGUUCUCCGUCUUGGGUUCCAGGUUCCUGGGCGCUCUGGUUCCAAAUGAGAUGGCUUCUUCUAGUGUUUCUCCCAUGGAACUAUUAAGGAAUGCAGCUUGCAUUAAACAUUUGGUGCUUUCUGCCCAAAGAUUACUGUGUUUUAAAGUUCCUACUUAUACCAUUGGUUCUGGGGAUGAAUCUUGUGCCUUAUGAAUCUGGGCUGACCGUAAAAAGGUAGCUUUUUCUGUGACCUAGUUGUGACCUGAUCAGAAAUGGGUAGGAUCAGCUUCUCUUGCCUUUUUCCUGCUUCCUGGCACUUCAGUAUUUCCCCUGUUGGGUGUCCACGGAUACUGAACACCACAUUACGGCAAAUUAUUGUCACUGGACUCCUCGCUGCUGCAUUUUUCAUAUUAUAUUACUCUGUUUUAAAAUACAGCUCCCGGGACAAAAAGCUGCACAGGUAUCUUGCCCGAGUUACAGACACCGAAGCCACAGACACGAGCAACCCAAAGCUGAAUUACGGCAUCAUGGUGGAUUGUGGAAGCAGCGGGUCUCGGAUCUUCGUGUAUUGGUGGCCGAGGCACAAUGGCAAUCCCCAUGAUUUACUUGACAUCAAACAAAUGCGGGACAAAAACAGAAAACCAGUGGUUAUGAAAAUUAAGCCAGGCAUUUCAGAAUUUGCUACCUCCCCUGAGAAAGUUAGUGACUAUAUUUUUCCGCUCCUGAACUUUGCUGCCGAACACAUACCCCGUGCAAAGCACAAAGAAACCCCUCUGUAUAUUCUCUGUACCGCGGGGAUGCGAAUCCUGCCAGAGAGCCAGCAAAAGGCGAUACUGGAAGACCUUCUUACUGAUAUCCCAGUGCAUUUUGAUUUUCUGUUUUCGGAUUCUCACGCUGAAGUGAUUUCAGGAAAGCAAGAAGGUGUGUAUGCAUGGAUUGGCAUCAACUUUGUCCUUGGAAAAUUUGAACAUAUGGAUGAAGAGGACGAGGCGGUAGUAGAAGUGCACGUCCCCGACAGCGAAAGCAAAGAGGAAGUUGUCCGGAAGAGGACUGUGGGUAUACUUGACAUGGGUGGUGUUUCAACUCAAAUAGCGUAUGAAGUCCCUAAAACUGUAAGCUUUGCCUCUUCACAGCAGGAGGAGGUGGCCAAGAACCUACUGGCGGAAUUUAACUUGGGAUGUGACGCUCACCAGAAUGAACAUGUGUAUCGCGUCUACGUGGCAACUUUUCUGGGCUUUGGCGGUAACGCCGCUCGACAGAGAUACGCAGACAACAUAUUCACCAACACAGUAUUGAGAAACAGGCUUCUUGGUAAACAGAUCGGUCUGACCUCUGAGACCCCCUACUUAGACCCUUGCCUGCCCUUAGACGCUGAGGACGAAGUCCAGCAGAACGGGCAGACCCUGUACCUUCGAGGGACCGGAGAUUUCCACUUGUGUCGCGAUCUCAUUCAGCCUUUCAUGAACAAGACCAACGAAACGCAAACGUCCCUGAAUGGCAUUUAUCAGCCACCCAUCCAUUUCGAGAAUAGCGAAUUCUACGGGUUUUCGGAGUUCUAUUACUGUACCGAGGAUGUCUUGCGGAUGGGAGGAGAUUACAACGCUGCUCAGUUCCUCAAAGCUGCAAAUGAAUAUUGUGCCACGAAGUGGUCUGUUCUACGGGAAAGAUUCGAUCGUGGCCUGUAUGCCUCCCAUGCAGAUCUCCAUCGAGUGAAGUAUCAGUGCUUUAAGUCAGCCUGGAUGUACGAGGUAUUUCACAAUGGCUUCGGUUUUCCUGUGAACUACAACAGCUUAAAAACAGCACUUCAAGUAUACGAUAAAGAGGUGCAGUGGACGUUGGGGGCCAUCCUUUAUCGGACCCGUUUUUUACCUUUGAGAGACAUCCAGCAGGAGAACUUCCGCGGCAAUCACUCUCACUGGCGCAGCUUCGCCUUCGUUUACAACCAUUACUUGUUCUUCGCCUGCUUCUUCGUUGUGCUGCUCUCCAUCCUCCUCUACCUGCUGCGCCUACGGAGGAUCCACCGGCGAACUCUGCACAACGGCUCCUCUCCUCCCCUCUGGAUCGAAGAAGGCCUCCCGUCGCAGAAGAUCCCCGGAGGCUUAUAAGCUGCUGGCUGUGAAUCUCAGACCCUUCCUCCUCCUCCUCUCAGGGUUCCUCUCUCUCUCUCUCUCUCUCGCCUUCGGAGAGCCUUCCUGAGCCCCUAGUGGGAUUUCCCUCUCUGGAGGACUGCAGGGCAAAGCUAGGUCAAACUUGGCUUGACAAGGCUGGGGGGGUGUCUUUCAGCCAAAAUUAUUUUAAAACUCUUUAACUUUGAAAGCAAAUGCACUUUGACUUAGGGACAGGGGGACAGACAGAAAAGCAGGAGAAUGCAGUGAAGACUUUGUGCCAGUACGUUAAACGGGAAAGUCGCGAGCAACUCUUUAUGUUCAGUAAAUGUUGAUGGGUUUGUUCUCUCCUUAUGCCGUAAGUCUGCUGUGAUGGGUUUUCCUCGGUCUGAAUGCAGGCUUGCUUUAGCUGACUCUUGUGGGCUAACCAGUUCACUGUUCUGUGCCAUGUUCUUGAGCCACGCAAAGCACAGGGGGAAAGGCCGCCUCGGCCUCUCCUGCUCCGAUUUGAACAGCUACAGAGACUUUAGCAUUUCACUCUUAAUUAUUUGUUUAAACCAUGUUGAUUCUUUUCUUUCUCCCCCCCACCCCUUAAAAAAAAAUAGCUUAAAUCAAGGAUAGAUGGAUCAGAAAUAAGGCAGCCUUUGUCUUAAAAAAACAUGGCAGAGAAGUACAAAGAAUUGGAGGGGGAAAUGUGCAUUACCAGUUCCUAAUUCUUGCUCGAUUCAAACGUGACCCCUCAUUUUUAAAUCAUGGCUGUCCAACUUUUAAGACCAUGUUGGCUGGGGAAUUCCGGACGUUGAAGUCCGCAAGUCUUAAAGUUGCCUGUUCUAAAUUCCCGAUCAGGACCAUGGAUAGUGAAAGCUCAAGUCUCAAAAAACGGUGGCAGUCCUGUCUGUUAAGAUGGAAAAUCCCCAUCCUUGCAAAAUGUCGUGCUAAAGAUAGCCUGGCCAGGACGUGGUGCUUCAUUGCUGUUGGAAAUUGGAGGAUCGCACUGCACAGUCGGCCUCCCUGGACUUCCUUUGUGUGUGUGUGUGUGUGUGUGUGUGUGUGUGUGUGUGUGUGUGCGAGCAGCAGCUGGUCUAUGGGUGUAUAUGUGCGUGAGCGUGCACCUUUGUGGCAUUCUAUGGUCUGAGCGUCAUUUCAAAUGUUCAUGAUAAUUUGGGAGUCGGGGGGUGGAAUGGGAAAAACAGUGGGCCGAUAGCAAGUACGCUGUUACUUUCUUAUUUCUGGAUAACAGAGCCUUUUUUUUUUUUAACUUGGAAAAUGUCCAUAGUUGAAAGCAGAAUCGAUGAGAUUGUCUUAUGAAAUAUACAAACUUCCAUCAUCCUAGGAACCCACAUCUGGCUUAUGAAAUCUUGCGCGAUGGUACCUCGCUGAAAUCUGUUCCCAGCUGUUGAAGAUGGGGAAAAUAAAAAGACACAUUAAAGGAACUUGAAUCAAGUUUGCUGACAUUACAUUAAAAUGCAGAGACCCUGUGGGGCCCCAGGAGUUGGUGGAUCUCUCUAGGAGACAAAGGCUGUCGCCCUAGACCCAUGAUGGUGAACUUAUGGCACGCAUGCCGCAGGUGGCACAUGGAGCCAUAUCGGUGGGCAUGCGAGCCAGCUGAUUUUGGGGUCUUCUGGGCCCACCAGAAGUAGGGAAACAGGCUGUUUCCUGCCUCUGAAGGGCCUGGGGGUGGUGGGGAAGGCUCAUUUCUUGCUGUCCCCAGGCACCAGAGCCUUUCUAGGAGCCUGGGGAGGGCGAAAACGGCCUUCCCCACCCCUCCAGAGGCUGGAAAUAACCUGUUUGCCAACUUCCAGUGGGACCGGAAGGCCCAUUUUUUGCUCGCUCCGGAGCCUCCCCAGGCUCCUAGAGAGGCUCUGGAGCCUGGAGAGAGCAAAAAAACCCGGGCCUACUGGACCCACUGUGCCAAAAGCUGGGGGAGCAUGUGUGGGGGAGGCGGGGUGCAUAUAAUUAUGGGUAUGGGCACACACAAGCGUGAUCCCCCCCCUGCACUGCCCCCGCUUCUGGCACACGAUGGCAGAAAAAUUAGCCAUCACUGCCCUAGACUUUUCUAGCUUUUGCAGACAAAGAACCUCAGCUUCCUUGUUCCUUUCUUGUCUUCGCUUUUAAUUUUGUUCCGGAGGCUCUGCGCCUUUGCUCUUAGAAAACCUGAUUCCCAUUUGCCUUCAAAACGUGCCCGAGGCAUUCUUCGUGAACUUUUCAAGCAUUUGACAACAAGAUGUUGCGCGGUGUGUGGGAGCAGGUUCUUCUGCCCAUAAAAAGCUGACAUUUUCAAAGAGCGCAAUAUCAAUGUGUUUGGCAUUUAGAGCCUGAAGUCUUGAUUAGGCCUCCUUCUACCAAACACAGUGAUACUUGCUAAUUUCUUAGGGAUGUGGUUUUCAUGGCAGCUUCCCUCAUUUUCAUCCUAGAGUUACAUUGCCCUAAAGGAAAUACGUUAACUUAAUUUGACAGCGGCAAAUACAUUCCAGGAAGUCAGUGGAGACUCUUGAAGCAAAAUUUCAUUAAAGUUUAAUUACGUUCUGUCCUUCGAUAGCUCCAGCCCAGAGAAUGCUGCCUCUUGCGGAUAUCCCCAUUUUGGCUACCUCAGAGCUAUCUGGUAUCUGGAGGUUUUUUUUCCAAGAUGAUCUUUUAAGCUUUUAUUUAUUAUUAUUAUCAUAACCCAGGUGUUAAAAAUCUACACAAAUACGAAACUUUGGCAGAUUUAGCACAUAUCCAAGCCCCCCAAAAUAUGGAACUUCUGUCCAGUGAACUAAGUACCGUAUUUUUUGGAGUAUAAGACGCACCUUUUUUCCCCCUAAAAGGGGGUGAAAAUUUUGGUGUGUCUUAUACAUCAAAUUUAGCCCCUCCCACCCACUGGCCCCCACCCUUUGGCCUCUGCCUCCCAGCAAUUUACCUCCUUGCAGCAAACAGCCCAUUUCAGCUUCAGCACAGCCUGAUUAGCACAAGUUGAUUGUCCCCCGACUCUCAGCUGUUUCAGGCUGCAGAGAUUGCCAUUGCCUAUUGCUGUGCGGGCCUCUGCUGCUUGCUGCAAGGAGGUAAAUUGCUGGGAGCAGAUUUCUUUUUCUUGUGCUAAUCAAGCUAUGCUGAAAAUGAAAAUGAAAGUAAAGCAGGCUGUUUGCUAGUUUUCUGCAAGGCAAAAUUACUGGGAGGUAGAGGCAGAUUUCUUUUUCUUGUUUUCCUCACCAAGAAAGGUAGGUGCGUCUUAUACUCCGAAAAAUACGGUAGCUGUUGUCUGAUCCCAAAUCAAAUCUAGACAUCUUCAAUAGUGAAAGUCAACAUUGUUGAGACAAUAAGGUGCUUACAUUUUUAAAUGGAUUUCCAGGCCUUGUGAUCAGGUGACCUCCUCCCUCAAGGACUGCAUUUAGUGUUUGGGUGUGUACUAAACAAUAUUUGUUUUCUUCCUGAAAGUCUUAUGGACAAGACAUACGGAAGGAAGGAAGAGUGCAAAGAAUAUUGGAGCAGGGGUGAAAUCCAGCAGGUUCUGGAGAACCGGUAGUGGAAAUUUUGAGUAGUUCAGAGAACCGGCAAAUACUACCUCUGGCUGGUCCCAGAGUGGGGUGGGAAUGGCGAUUUUGCAAUAUCCUUCCCCCAGGAGUGGGGAGGGAAUGGGGAUUUUGCAGUAUCCUUCCCCUGCCACCCCCACCGAACCCAUAGUAAAAAAAUGUGGAUUUCACCACUGGAUUGGAGCUGCCAUUUAUCCAGCCUUUAGCAAUGACCUUGUUAGCCAGGUUAGUUUAGUUUACUUCAUUGUCAUUGCCCCUCGUAGAACGAAAUUAAAUGACACCUUCAGUGUACAUUGUAACUAUAAAAAUAAAACACAAACACACAUCCUUCACGUUCCAUACAACUGAACCCCUGAUAUUGCAUUAAUAUUGCACUAUACAGUAGCAUUCAAUAUAGUUACUGCUCUGGGAUAGCAGAGCUGUUUUUCAGCCUUUGUCCUUGUUUUUAUUAUCCUGUACCGUCUGCCAGAUGGUAAUAGUUAAAAAAAAAAAGGGUGCCCAGGAUGAGAUGGAUCUUUAAGAACGUUUUGAACUUUCUUAAGGCAGCGGGAGCUCUAAAGCUCUUCCAUAGAGGGGAGAGGACAACCAAUGAUCCUCUGGGCAAUGACGUUGACCCUCUGGAGAGCUGUCCUAUCUGCCACUGUGCAAUUGGCAAACCAUACACAGGUGCAGUAAGUUAAAAUACUCUAUGGGGCAGCGGUAGAAGGCCACCAGCAGUUUUUCAUUCAGUUGCUGUUUCCUGAGAAGUCUUAGGUAGUAUCCUCUCUGCUGGGCCCUUUUGACCAGUGCUGCAAUGUGAGCGCCCCAGGUCAGGUCCUCUUUUAUGAUAACACCCAGAAACUUAAAACUAGCCACUUGCUCUACUUGGUCUCCAUUGAUAAGCAAGGGCUGGAUGUCUGAUCUACUCCUUCUACAGUCCACUAUAAGCUCCUUGGUCUUAUUGGUGCUAAGGACCAAGUUAUUGUCUCCAUACCAUGAAAGCAACCGAUCCACCUCAUCUCGAUAGGCAGACUCAUUCCCCCCCACCCCCAGAGAUGAGUCCCACCACUGUUGUAUCAUCUGCAAAUUUAAUAAUAGUAUUACUGGUGUGAGUGUGAGUGGGAAUGCAAUCGUGCUGUGGCCUGCCAUCGGCCAAUGGAUUUGGCAGGAGAUUCGGACAGUGAGGAGGUUGUGGAGGAACACGGGCCAGUCCUGGAGUCUGGGGAAGGUUCUGACGAGUGCUCUGUGUCGGAGGCAGAGAUGGGGCCAGGCCUGUCUGACAGUUGUCAGCUGCCUUCGGAGUCGGACAUCAGUGGGGCAGAAGAACAGCUGGAGCCUGUUCCCAGUGCGCGCAUGCACAGAGCUGCCAGGAGAAGGGAACAGCUAAGGAACAAGGGUCGACUCAGGAGUAAAGCCACAGGUGGACAGUGAAUGGCCCCUCUCAUAGGGAAUAAAAAGGAACGAAGGGGGAGAGGAGUUUGCAGGAGACAAUUAGUUCAUUUGGGUGAAGAUCUGUUUCUGCAUUCUUGCCAAGUAUUGUCUGUUACUGUGUGGAGUCUGAAAGAUAUUGGCCUGAUAAAGGUCGGUAAUUGUGAACGAGAUUGUGUGCAGGAGAGGAAAGACUUUGCUGGAGAGGAAUUCACUAUAAAUUAAAUAAAAGGGGUUUAUUGGGACGAGGACUCGGUUUCGUGCUGCUGCAGAAGCCUAGGUCAGAAGAUCAUGCACAUAAAGAGUAUAGAGUAAGGGACAACACCAAAGGACGGUUUCAGCAAGUGCUGACCAAUUCUGGAGAACCGGUAGCAGAAAUUUUAAGUAGUUCAGAGAACCGGUAGUAAAAAUUUUUGACUGGCCCUGCCCCCAUCUAGUCUCUGCCUCCCGAGUCCCAGCUGAUCGGGAGGGAAUGGGGAUUUUGCAGUAACCUUCCCCUGGAGUGGGGUGGGAAUGGAGAUUUUGAAGUAUCCUUCCCCAGCCAUGCCCACCAAGCCGCAUCCACAGAACCGGUAGUAAAAAAAUUUGAAACCCACCACUGGGCAACACGCAACCCUGUGGUGUACCAGUGUUAAGAGCUGGAGAAGAGUGGCCCAGAGGCCUCUUGUUAGCCCAGCCACUUAGCCAUACGCAUCAAAUAUUCUUUGACCUCCUGGCUUACAAAACAGCUCUUGUCAACCACUGCAAAUCAUUUCCUUAGACAGAACUCUCCAACCAAGUUAGCUUCUCCUCCUUUUCUUUUAUUCCGGGACCUUUUUAAAAAAAAAACACACGGUUUGAGCAAAAGAAUUCCACUCAUGGAGAAACCUACCAAAAACAACCUAACAGAAAGGCUAGCCAAAAUAAAUAAAUAAAUACAAUUAUUAUUAGUUUGGCGACAAGCAUGGUCCAGGGCAUUCUGUCCUUCCUUAUCUAGGCCAUUGUUGCUCUCUAAUGAUGCAUGGACCAAGCGCCACAUAUACAGUAGCGAUCCCUAACAGGUAUUCGCGCUACAGCGGGAGCAGAGAGAAAAAAAGAAAUAAUAAACCCAGUACUCUGCGGAGCUGUUUUUGCAGGUAGCUUCUGUUUUGAAGGACUUUACCUGAAAUGCUCCUCAAAUGUUAGGCGUUCACAAACAGACUUACCUGGUGACUUUAACGCAAAGGUUAAGUCGCCUUUCAAGAGGUAUUUCCCAGGGCCAAGCGUAGUUUCAGCCAUAUUAGUGUUAUCAUUUGUCAGCAGGGACAAAGAAAUGCCACUCCAUCCGUUGGUGUGGUGGGAGACUGGUCAGGACACGACCUUUCUCUCCCCCAGAGAACAAUCCAUAAUGGAAAUUGGGACAUUCCUCACUUUAUAUCCAGUUUUGAAAACAUUUUUAAGAACAUUAUAGAGCUGUGAUGCCACACGUGUGCCACAGGUGGCACACAGAGCCUGCUCUGCGGGCACGUGAGCAGUCGCCCAGCUCGGCUCCACCCCGCAUGCGCAUGCGCCUCCCGCUGGCCAGCUGGUGGGGCUCAUGCAGGAGAUGCACAUGCUUGCUGGGGGGGGGUCACACGCCUGGAGGGUGCACAGGGAGUGCGAUGCGCCCCCCCCCCGUGUGGUCUGCAGUCUCCUCGGCCCACACGGCCUGUUUUUGGUCCCAGGAGGCUACAGG